AUGGCCGGAAUGGGGGGAUAUGGCACGGCAAACUUGAGCACAUCGCACAGGAGGAGAGGGGAGCAAACCAGCUCGUUGAGGAAGCUCCUCAUCGCUGCCGGGAGCUUCACUCUUUGCAUUGCAGUUGCAUAUAGCAUCUCCCGACAGACAGCUUCGAAGCCGACAAAGCUUAUUUCAGAAUGGGAUGUCAUCACUGACAACACUCCGAUCGACAAGAUUAAUCAGAAUCGCAUCAAAGCUGGCAGCCUUGUGACUCGUAGGAGUGAGAAGGGCAGACCUCAAAUGUUGAUGUAUGGAAAUGUAGACUACCCCAAAGAUAUCUUCACAUAUAAGAAUGCUGGGCCGAACGAGAUCUGCCCAGAUGAAUGCGGGUUCAGAGACAAGUUCUUCACCGUUGAGGAUUUUGACAAGCUGUGCAUUCAACAUUGCGGGGACAUUGACUCAAUCAUUGAGGCGAGAGCAAAGAACUCGCAAGCAAAUGUACAGCUAGCUUCAAGAGCUACUCAGCAGCAGCUCGCUACAAGGUCCACAUCCAAGCUUGAUCAGAACUUCCAUCUCUCGGGUUAUUUCCCUGUUGACGGCAAUGGCAACAAGCUGUCGCAGAAAGGUGUAGCUCUUGACUCCUGGCCACAAGGGAAGGAGAAGGUGAUGCCCGAGCAGCAUGACGACGAGAACCCUCUGCAACUGCAGUUCUACCAGCACUUCUUCGACACGGGAUCGCGACUUGCGCAGUCGGGUGUGAAUAUGAAGAAGAAUCCCUUGGCCGACGAGAUCAAAGGCGAUGACAAGCAUUUUGCCAAGGCUGGUGUCAACCUCUACUCCUGGCCAUGGGAGUAUGGUACCCACCCUGCUGGGCAGGGCAAGAAACUUCCAGGCGUCAAAGUCUGAUGGCGUCGAUGUAUCAACCGUAUAGAUGUCCUAGGAGAAUAAAACUUCAUUCAAACGG